AUGCCCCAGGGUCUGCCAUACACCGGCCCACCGCCACCUCCCCUAAAGCUCAACGGAGAUGCAGAGAUUCCGGAUGUUCCCAACAUAAAGAAGGAUCCUCGGUCACGUCAGUGGGGCUCUCAGGCUCCAGCAUUUGUUCAGAGGAUCGUCCGGACUGCGCCGGCAAGCCCAACUCCGCCUCGGGCUAAGCAGCAGCAUCUGAUCGAUAGUCAAAUCUCGUCAGGAAUGGGUGGCACUGUGAACAGCAAGGGAUCCGAAGCUACGUGCCCUCCCGGCGAGCAGGCCAGUCCUAUGAAAGCAAGCGACGAUACUACAGGCUUCGUGAGAGGCACCGACUGGGCGGCGUGGUUCAAGACCACCACGAACUGGGACAAGAACAAGUGGCUCGAGAAGAGACCAGAAGGAACCAACAACGGAGGACCAACGCUCCGUAUCCAGGAGGCAGCAGAGGGAAACAUGACAGGAGGUGGUAGAACAUAA